AUGGAGCCCAGUAGCAGAGAGAGACGAUUGCAGGUGGUGACCGUGGAGGACAACAACCCUGUCACUUCAGUGAGCAUCUACUAUGCCUACUACACUGUGCCUACUACACAGACCACUGCCAGCGACUACUGUUCAUCCCUGGCUGAUUCCCCAGACAAGAACUCUCAGGCAAAGACCCUGCCUACAACACUCCGAGUUCAUCCCCAUCCGUCCCGGGCCCUGGAUGGAACCUCAGGAGAAGGUGGAGGCCCCGGAAGCGCCACCAAGGCAGGCAGGAAGCGGCUUAGCCUCCCGCGCCUGGGACCAGCGGGGGACCCCACUUACCCGCCCGCCACCAGAACAAAGGCCCAAACCACCUGCCGGCUCUGCGUCUGCGCAAAGAGGAAACGAAACUACAAUUCCCAGAGGGCCCCGCGUUUGCUUCCGGUUGACCAAGCGCUCGUCCCGUCCCCACCUGGAGUACAGUUAACUAGGCAACAGGGUUCCGGGCUCAAGCGCGGCUCGGAAACAUCCCGCUGGGUGCAGCCUCCCAUUUUCUACGACACAAGCGGACAGGGCCAUGCCCAGCGGAACUUGGGGCUGACCAGCCAACACCUCGGAGCCUUCUAUGGGAGCACGCUUCCGGUUGAAACAGGAAGAUCGCGAAAGCCGGCGGAUAGCAGUGAGCGCCAGCGAGCUGGGCUGUUGCCACGCACGGGUGGGCCACACGGCCCCCGCGCCUUGCUGUUGCUUCGUCGGCUCGCGUCCCCGUGUCCCGGGGGCCCGCUCCGGCCAUCAGACCCUUCAGCCGCCUGCCCGUGCCCCUCCCCGGUCUCCCGGUCUUGCUGGACCAGGCGAACCCCAGUGAGCCGCGCACAUUGGUCCUGGCGUCGGUUCGGGGUCGUCGGCCCUUUGUCCGCGAGCAAACCGGGGCGGACCUCGGCGCAGGACGAAAGCAGACGGCGUCGGGAAGCGAGUCCCGGGAAGGGCCGGUGGGCUGUGGAGCAGGUGAGCCGGCGUGAGGCCUCCUCGGAGGCCGUUCUCCCCGGCGGUCGGAGUGGCUUCUAUAGCUUUCAGUGGGAGCCGAAUCGGCGCCUUCCAGAAGGGGCAGACAGGCUUGCGUCUGGUGCCCUUAUGGACCAGUCCUGGAGGAUGGCGGCCAUCAGCCCUUGGGCCUCCUGGGCAGAGUCCACACCCUGCAUCCCCUUCACCUGCCGGGGCGUGGCCUCUCCCAGCAGAGACCUGCUACAGCCAGGAGUCAGAGCCUGGGAGCCGGCUUUGUAUCCUCAGAACCUGAGCUGGCCUGUGGAGGGGACCCUCCAGGAGGAGAGGCGCAGGGCCCCCUGGCUCCCACCAGCCCAGGGCCAGGAACCAGUGACCUUCAAGGAUGUGGCAGUGGACUUCUCCCAAGAGGAGUGGGGAUGGCUGGACCCCAUACAGAGGACCUUGUACCGCGACGUGAUGCUGGAGACCUUUGGGCACCUGCUGUCUGUGGGGAAUGAGAUCACCAAGCCUGAGGUCAUCUCCCUGUUGGAGCAAGGAGAAGAGCCAUGGACUGUGGAGAGAGACUGUCCUGCAAGCUCAUAUCCAGAUGAAUGUGAUGUCAAGUUAUGGAAGCAUAAACAUGAAAGGACUCAUUCUGGAGCAAAACCAUAUAAAUGCACAGAAUGUGGAAAAUCCUUCAGCUGGAGCUCCCAUCUUAUUGCCCAUCAGAGAACUCAUACAGGAGAGAAACCCUAUAACUGCCAGGAAUGUGGCAAAGCCUUCAGAGAACGUUCAGCCCUUACAAAGCAUCAAAGGACACACACUGGAGAGAAACCCUAUGAAUGCAAUAAAUGUGGGAAAUCUUUCAGCCAGAGCUGUCACCUUGUUGCUCAUCGGAGAAUUCACACUGGUGAGAAACCCUAUAAAUGUAAUCAAUGUGAACGAUCCUUUAACUGUAGCUCUCACCUCAUUGCACAUCGGAGAACUCAUACUGGAGAAAAACCAUACAGGUGUAAUGAAUGUGGGAAAGCCUUCAAUGAGAGUUCUUCACUUAUUGUACAUCUGAGAAACCAUACUGGAGAAAAACCCUACAAAUGUAAUCAUUGUGAGAAAGCGUUCUGUAAGAAUUCUUCUCUUAUUAUCCAUCAAAGAAUGCACAGCGGAGAGAAACGCUUUAUAUGCAAUGAGUGUGGAAAAGCCUUUAAUGGUCACUCAGCCCUAAUUCAACACCAGAGAAACCACAGUGAAGGUAAACUGUCUGGAUUGAAUUGA